AUGUUUCAGCUGCACAGUUUGCCGGUGUUGCUAUCAUUCCUAGCCCCAGUACUUGCUGUUUAUCACAAUGCGAGUGUCGUGGUUGAAGAUCCCAACAGAGAAUCCGAUCAUUUGCAGAUGCCUGCCGGGACGACAUGGCAAUCACAGCACGUGGAUUACACGGAUGCGCAGCCAGGACCAUCGUGGGCAGACCGGCCUGCAGGUUAUCCGGAGGCAUAUGGUGUGUCAAGUUCUUCGUCCACGAGAAGAUUCAUUCGUCAACAAUCAACCGAUUCUGUUCGAUCGGAUAGGUGCACAUCUACAACCGAUUUACAAGGAUCUACAACGGAAACAUGUGAAUCUGGAUCGGAAUACGACUCAGAUUACAAACCAAAUUUGCUUCAGCAGUCAAAAACGAAAAAAAGCAAACCGAAGUCGCAAGCUGGCCAUAGAGCGCGUGGAGUACCCAUUCCGACGCGUGAUCGUUUGCAGAACAUUCAGUACCGGCGUAAUGAACAGAAAGCACGGGAACGAAAUCGCAGGCGCGAAAUUAGUGAUGCUUAUGACAGACUCCAAGAUCUAAUUCCUUUGAAGCCAGAGAUGAAGGAAAACCUUUCGAGAUUCAAAACUCUGUUGUUUGCAAUGGAAUAUGUCAAGGCAUUAAACCGAACAUUGCUCAACGAACCUCCGCCAACCGCUGCACCAAACUCCGACGAACCACACAUUGACGAAUGGCAGCGUAUACGUGAUGAUUCACUUAAUAGAGUAUUGUACUCUCGCACGCAACGAGAAACAGCAACUGUGCCAAUGCACUGGCAGUGA